GAUUAGUGAUCACAAACCCAUUAAUAAUGAUGAAAUCGUUUUGCAAGUUGGAGUAUCAUCAAGUAUUUGGCAAAGAAGAUAUAUCAUUCUCAUUUCUAAACCACUCAUCACUUUACUCUCAUCAAAGCGAGUUAGCGAAUCCUUUCUUCGAAUUGGAAGACGAGAUUCUUCCUUCUGCAACCUCUACUAAUUACUUUACUUCUGCCUCAAGCUUUCUGGCUUUACCUGAUCUUGAACCCAUCUCCAUCGUAUCUCACGAAGAUAUACUUAGUGUGUAUGGUUCUGCUUCAUGGACCGAAGAAGAGUCGAUGUUUGAUUCUGAUUUUGCGAAAAAGAGUGAAACCACAACUACCAAGAAGAGGAGAUGCAGAGAGGAAUGUGUUUCUAGUUGUUCUGUUUCAAAGACAUUGUCCAAGGAAACCAUCUCAUUGUACUUUUAUAUGCCGAUAACUCAAGCGGCUAGAGAGCUUAACAUUGGUUUAACUCUUUUGAAGAAGAGAUGCCGCGAAUUGGGUAUUAAACGUUGGCCUCAUCGUAAGCUUAUGAGCCUACGAAAACUCAUCAGCAAUGUCAAGGAGCUAGAGAAGAUGGAAGGGGAAGAAAAUGAAGAUAAGCUAAGAAAUGCUUUGGAAAAGCUCGAGAAGGAGAAGAAAACGAUUGAGAAGUUACCAGAUUUGAAGUUUGAGGAUAAGACAAAGAGAUUGAGACAAGCUUGUUUCAAGGCUAACCAUAAGAGGAAGAGAAGAAGUGGCAUGUCCACGCCCAUCACAUCUUCAUCUUCUUCUGCUUCUUCCUCUUCUUACUCUUCUCUUUCGGGUUUGAGUGAUAAUAGAGUCCAUGUAAGGUUCUUGGGUAAAGAUGAUGAUAACUUGACAUUCACGACUUUGUCGUUUGCCGACGAAUUCAUCAACGAUGAUCGCAACGAGUGUCAAAGCAAAGUAGACUUGAAUAGAUUUUUAAAGGAAGCAGGGAUCAGCGACGACGAUAUUGCAUAUGCUAUGUCUCACUUUAUUCUCUUUGUUGUUGCUAAAAUAACUUCUUCUACAAGUGAUGAGUAUUCUCCAGGGUGUGCUUUAGAAGUAUCGUUUGAUAUUCUUCUUCUCGGUGAGCCUCGUAUUGGAGAAGCAGUUAAAGUAUUGUUAGACUACGAAAUCAAACACGAUCCUGAACCAGAAAAAGAGGGCACAAUCAGAGUCUAUGCAAGGAUCUUCUUCGAUGAAGAGGAUUACUUGGCAUUCACGACUUUGUCGUUUGCUGGCGAAUUCAUUAAUGAUGAUCGCAACGAGUGUCGAAGCAAAGUAGACUUGAAUAAUUUCUUCAAGGAAGCAGGGAUCAGCGACCACGAUAUUGCACAUGCCAGGCGUCAAUUAAUUCCCUAUGUUGCUCAAAUAACUUCUUCCACAAGUAAUGGGUAUUCUCCAGGAUGUGCUUUAGAAGUGUGGUUAGCUCUUUUUACUCACGAAGAGCCUCAUAUUGAAGAAGCGGUUCAAAUCGAAGAAGAGGUUCAAGUUGAAGAAGCAGUUCAAAUUGAAGAAGCGGUACAAAUCUCGUUUGACGAGACCACUAACAUCUGUUUGAGACCCGCAAGCGAGGUCGUGGUCAAGUCCUUAACCAGGAAAAUAUACGAGAAGAUUAGCUCUACUGGUCAAAAAUGCACAAUUUGUUUGGAGGAGUUUAACGAUGGAAGAAGAGUUGUGACUUUACCUUGUGGACAUGACUUUGACGAUGAGUGUGUCCUGAAGUGGUUUGAAACCAAUCACGAUUGUCCUCUGUGUCGUUUCAAGUUGUCAUGUGAAGAUCAAUGAACUUCGGUAGGAAAAUGAGAACGAUU